UGGCGUCGUGGGGUCAGCAGCGAGUGGAGCUACCGUUAACCAGGGUGUAAAGUACAGCUAAAAGAGCGCCUCUGAUGAAGUUAGCCUUUUAACCACUGCACAGACAAGGAGCUACUUAGUUGGACGAGCCGCCGUUUUGUCGUCUUGUGGUCGAAAAGCUUCAGCUGGUUCCUCUGACAGCCGUCAGGCCUCGUCGUCGUCGUGGUCCGGCAGCACUCGAGUGAAGUUGGGAGCGGACUGCCAAACUUCUGCUUCCUCCAGCGGCUCUCCGCGGGGCCCGGGGCUCCUGUCACCGGCCCUGUGGAUGAGGAAGUGACUACACAUAUAAUUAGCGCCCAGGAGAAAGGAAUCCCUUUGAUGGGAGAAUCCUCUUUCCUGGCCUCCUGGGUCAAUCGCCGUGCCAUUAAGAUGGAUGAGCAGGAGGCGCUGAACUCCAUCAUGCAGGACUUGGCCGAACUGCACCGCUCCAGCCGUCCUGCCGCGUUCCUGUCAGACCUGUGCAAACCCAAAGCCUCGUCGCCCAAGAACCAGAACGAUGUGAGAGUGAAGUUCGAGUUCAAAGGGGAGAAGAGGAUUUUGCAGUUCCCUCGACCUAUCAAGCUGGAGGAUCUGAGGUCCAAAGCUAAAGUGGCUUUUGGUCAGACGAUGGACCUCCACUACACAAACAACGAGUUGGUGAUUCCAUUGACCACUCAGGAUGACCUGGACAAAGCUGUAGAGCUGCUGGAUCGCAGUGUUCACAUGAAGAGUCUGAAGAUUCUCCUUGUGCUGCAGGUCUCCUCUGAGAACUCGUCAUCCAACAUGGACCUCCUGCCGUCCCACGAGGAACUGGACAACACGGGGUUCCGGGUCACAGACAAGAAGAGCAUGCUGGCGUUGAUAGGUUCCCACUCAACGGACCGCAGCUCUCCUCCUCCAGGAUACAUUCCCGACGCUCUGCAGCAGGUGGCGAGGAACGGCUCCUUCACCAGCAUCAACAGCGAGGGGGAGUUCAUUCCUGAGAGCAUGGACCAGAUGUUGGAUCCAUUGUCCAUGAGCAGUCCGGAGAACUCGGCUUCUGGAAGUUGUCCCUCCCUAGACAGCCCACUGGACAGUGAUUACCCAAAGUCCAGGAUGCCCAGGGCCCAGAGCUACCCAGACAACCACCAGGACUUUCCAGAGUACGAUAUUCCGGUGUUCGAGAAGUCGGGGAAAGGAGGGACGUAUCCUCGCCGGUACGGCAUUCCUUUUGGCCUUCAGGAUUACAGUGAUGGGAGGAAGACUUUCCCUCGGGCUCGGCGGACGCAAGUUCACGGUUUCCGCUCUCCAAUCAGCUUCAGCUCGACCGAGCAGUCGCCCAGCACCAGCAGUGGCAGCAGCGUCUUCACGCCUGACCUGGAGGAGACCCCCGGCCCCGCCAGGAGGCCGCGGAGGGGGAGUGACAUCGAGCCAAACCCCAAUCCGGCCGUGGCUCCGACGCUCUCCGUCAUGGACGUCAGUCCACCCAGCCGCUCCCCGCGAGCGCCAACCAACUGGCGGCUGGGGAAGCUUCUGGGUCAGGGAGCUUUCGGGCGGGUCUUCCUGUGUUACGACGCCGAUACUGGACGGGAACUGGCAGUUAAACAAGUCCAGUUUGAUCCAGAGAGUCCUGAGACGAGCAAGGAGGUGAGUGCACUGGAAUGUGAAAUCCAGCUCCUGAAGAACUUGUGCCAUGAGCGGAUCGUCCAAUAUUAUGGCUGUCUGCGAGACACGAUGGAGCGAACGCUCUCCAUCUUUAUGGAGUACAUGCCUGGAGGAUCCAUUAAAGACCAGCUGAAGUCGUACGGAGCGCUCACGGAAAAUGUGACGCGCCGCUACACCAGGCAGAUCCUGGAGGGGGUUUCUUAUCUGCACAGCAACAUGAUCGUCCACAGGGACAUCAAAGGUGCAAACAUCCUCAGAGACUCUGUGGGUAACGUGAAGCUGGGAGACUUCGGGGCCAGCAGGCGGCUGCAGACCAUCUGUCUGUCAGGAACAGGCAUGAAGUCGGUGACCGGUACCCCGUACUGGAUGAGCCCAGAGGUGAUCAGCGGAGAGGGUUACGGCAGGAAGGCAGACAUCUGGAGUGUCGGCUGCACCGUCGUGGAGAUGCUGACUCAGCGACCUCCGUGGGCAGAGUUCGAGGCCAUGGCGGCCAUCUUUAAGAUCGCCACGCAGCCCACUAACCCCGUCCUGCCCGCCCAUGUGUCGGACCACUGCCGGGAGUUCCUCAAACGGAUCUUCGUGGAGACCAAGCAGCGGCCGUCUGCAGAAGAGCUGCUCAGGCACAUCUUUGUACAUUAACCCCUCCCGCCCCCUCCUCGAAUCUUGAACCCCUGCCUGCCUGCCGAACUGCCAAAUACGGCCUUAUCUGAUCCCGCCCCCUCCGCCUUUACGCUGAGACCACGAUGGACCAGGAAAGACUGGCUGGAAGAAGGUGGGGGCGCUCCUCCUGUCUCUGUUUGUAUGAGACUGCCAUAAAGGACACAAAUUCUUAUUUUAUUUUUCUCCGCAAGUUGCACCUUAACGUCUCCAACGCGGAGGAGGUUGAGCACUUCCUCCUCUCUGAAAAACUGGUUUGUUUGUUUUUUUUUAAAUGUUUGUACGGUUUCUCGCUCUGAGCGUUUUGAAGCGGGAUGGCGUCGGUGUUGUGGCCCUAACAGGAGCUGAUGCCUGACUCUGGAGUAAACCCCACCCUGCCUCCUUCUCAUCCUCCUCCAAUGUCUCGCUGACCCGACCCCAGAAUGUAGUCUCCUGCCAAAACCCAGAGUGACGGGCGCGCUGCUAUAGACAAACCUGAAUCCCAGAUCCAGAGAACACUCCCCCGAGAAUUUUCCACCCACCUGUCCUCAUCCCUCACCGAAGUCCGCUCCGUUUUCUGAACGAAGUGCAGAUGAAACGUUCUGAUUCGUCGUCCCCGUCUGUGUGCCUUUUUAUGUUUGAGAAUGAGUCUCAGCUUUUUGUUCUCAGUUUUUUUGUUUUUGUUUUGUUUGUUUUGAUUUUUGCCUCCUGGAUAAACUGCCUUCACACCAGCUGAUCCCAGUUCAGCCGUUUCUGCCUUUAUGCGACGGGGACUCGCUGUGCUGAUCAUUUCGGUUUGUUCGUUCGCCUGCUGUACCAGCGCCGCCGGCUGGAAACCAAAUAUCCUCUGUUUAGAAAAGUCGUCAUGCUGGUGUAGAAGUGAAGCGCCACAUCGGUACCUGUGCUCUCUUUCCUCCUCUGAUUCUCUGAUCUGAUUGGAUGUCUCUUCAGCAUGGCAGAUUUGCAGCAGAUUCAUGAAUUUACUGCUGGUAAACGUUGGCUUUUAGAAACUCAGUCUGUUCAGCCACAGAAAGCAAUAGGGAGCACUCUCAUGACCAGACUUGAAAGGUGCAGCGUGCAGGAUUGUUGAUUUAAAACAUUUAAAAAGUCAACUAAAACACACUCGUAUCCUCUUCAGACCACCAUAGCUAAUUCUGGAAGGUGACUGAUUUGGAUGUCUAGUUUAAGGAGAGCAAGUCGAUAAAUGAAACUGAAGCCGUUGGUAAGCGAAAGCUGGCAGGGUUUGUUUUAGCUGACAGAGCUUACACCAUCCCAUGGACAGGUCAGGUCCUCGCAGGAAGCCGAGGUCGCGUAGCUUCACCAGCAGUUCAUCUUUUCUGGUGAACACGUCCGUGUCGGAGAGAGGGAAAGAACUAGUUUAAGUGAUGACUCAACCCUGUUUGUGCAUCUUCUUCCUCAGCAUGAACUUCCGUGGAGAGCAGUUUAACUCUCAUCUAACAUCUAAAUUUGCACCUUUUUAAAUGUUCAGAUCAAGCCAGCCUGAGUAUUUUGAUGAGACAGAAGCUGCUAAUUUGGUGCUUUCAUGUGUUCACAGUGAGUCUCUGCCAUCAGAUCGGAGAAGCAGUGGUGGGAAACUUGAAGAUCUUGCUCUGUUGUCCGUUUCAUUUCAAACUAAAUGUUUUUAGCUGCUCAUCAUUUAACUGAAGGGUACACGCAGCCUCUCCUGGAGCUCUGCCGCUGGAGUUGGUACGUUCAUCGCCGUUUUCAGACAGACUCGCAGAGCUUCAUUCUCAUGGUUUUUGCUUGGUACUGCAGUCGCUGCCACCACCGAAUCAAAUGCAUCAAAGCAGACUCGUCACUUUAACCACAAACGCUCAUCUGAUUUUAAAGCAUCGACUAUGCACACGCCAGAUAGCAGGUGACACCUCGGCUUGUGCUGAUCACUUCUUCUUCUUCUUCUUCUUUUAAUUCACUUUUUGGUUAGUAAUGGUGAGGUUUCUAAGCAGCUCUGCCAGCAGCCAAUCAAAUGGUUAUUUAGGGCUCAAAUUAUGCCUUAAAUUUUGGCUGUUUGCAGCAGGCGGAUUAUCAAACAGCCCAUGUAGAAAGCUUCUAAAUGUUUAAACAAUAACGUGAAUCAGAGUCCUGGUGGGAGUUACUGUUGUGCUGCUAAGAUUGAAAUGUUUCUAGGUUCAAAGAGACGAUAUGCAAAACUUUUAUUAUCAUCAGAGCUGGUUUCUGCAGAGCAGGGGAGGAAGUGUUUCUGGUGCAAUAAGCAACAUUUGACCAGCAGAGAAAAGUGAUGGUGACUCUCUAAAAUUAAACUCCUGCUCAGAUCCCCACCUUUGGCUCUCCUACAUACAUCUACAGCACCUCUCCUUGUCGCCUUUGCUGCUGAAUGAGCCAUUACCAGGACAAGCUUUUUGUGGUGGAUAGAUUAUUGGGUCUGUGAUGGUAAAUAAACUUAGAUUUUAGCUUAGAGAGUCACACUUGUGUGUGUUUCUGGCACUUGUUAAUGAAUUAAAUGAUCCAAACAUUGUUUGUAGCACUUGAAGCUUCAUUGUCCAAAUAUUUGAUUGUGAAGUUCAUAUUUUCUGUUAUAUAUGCAAAUCCAAAAACUGUUAAAUGGUUUUCCACGUGUUUUGAUUACACCCAAUUUUAAUAGCUGUUCCUAAAUUGGGACGUUAAAUAGUCUCUCAGUGACGUGGUAACGUGUAGCACGAUUACGGGUGGCAACAUGUUAGCAAGCUGCGUUCGUGACUUGUGUUGUUGCAGAAUGCUAAUUAGAAUGAACUGCAAACUUCUCAGACGAGCUGUAGCUCAGAUUGUUUUAUUUAUUAAAUAACCACAUUAAAAAUGCUCCAACAGCACAAACGGCAGUUGAGAUGUUUAGCUUACAGCUGCCUGUGUGUGGCCGCUCCCAUAUCUUUAAAUCUGAUUGGUGAAGUUAACUAAUAUCACAUUGUUUACUUGGCCUUCUCAUUUAUACAGUAUGAUGGCUCUUUUAAACAUCGUAGCUAAAGAAAAGCUCUAAAUAAUUACAAAUAAUUCUUGCUGAAGCUUCAAAGACUCAGAUCAGCUUCUUAGGGCCAACCCCGAAACCCCUGCAGAAGAUUGAUUUUUAUCAGAGUAUUUAAAAAAAAAAAAAAAAAUUAAUUAUGCACUUCUAAUGUCUCGUAGUGACAUUUAGGUAUUACUACAGAGUCUGAUUUUUCUGACUGCACCUUUGUUAAAAACAGACAGGGAACAGUUUCUUUGACCUCUGUUGCCCCAACUUCCUCUGAAGACACUUUUAAGCCUUUCUUGCUCUGUGGAAACUCAGUUUUACACUCACAUUAUGCAUCUUCUCAGUGGUACGUUCCUUUGGCUCUUCAGGCGGCUCACGGCAAGCCGUCUGGUAUUGAUGGAGAUCGCCAACACUGGUCGUCAUAGAUACGCACUACCAUUAUGCACUAUCGGUUCUUCACUGAUGCCCUCCCACUCCCCCCUUAACGGUUCCUUACGCUCCUGCAGCUCGGCUCGGCGACUUUUUCUUUGCACAUUUUUAAAGACUGUUUUUCUUUCUUUUCAUUUUUUUUUAUUUUUUAUUUUUUUAUAAUUACUUUGUGUAUGAGUGCGAGAGAUGGAUGAUGAUGAUGAUUAUGAUGGCGGUUCAGUUAACCUUGACAUGAAUGUAACGUCUCAUUCUUGGCCUCGUUCACCACAGUGGAUUAACUCUUCGGUACCAGUAUUUGUCACCUGUGGAGCGCCAAGAUACACCUGUAGUUCUCGUUUAAAGCCACUGCUGCCACUCCUGAAUGAAUGAGUGAAUGAAUAAACGUGUGAGUGUGUGUGUUAAUGUGCAUUUACUGCAGAUGUUGCUCAUUGGACACUGCGCCUGAAAUGCCUUGAGCAUUCUGACUGUAGGGGGUGAGAGCGUUAAAAUAAAAAAAUGAAAAUCAUGUACAAAUGUAUAAAAAUGAAAUUGUACUACUUUUUCUUCUUUCUUUUUUUUUCUUUUUUUUUUUAAAGGAAACUUAUAUCCCACAUGUUUGGUCUGUGUAUUGUAAAAGAAGCCAUGUUUAUAAUUCUAAUUGGUUUGUGACCAAUAUGCCUGUUUAUAUCAGAUCUGUAUAUCAGUGGUACGCAUAAUUUUUUAAUAUAUUUUUUAUUUUUCCUUUUCUUUUUUUUCUCUUCUAAAUGGGAGAUUGUAUGCAUAGUUGGGUCCUGAGAGACGCAGCGGUGCCGUUGAAUGGUUGCUGUUUUUUGGCAAAAUUUCUGGAGUAUUGCAACAGCUCGGUGUUCAUAAUUACAACAAUUAUGACGAUGACAACAAUAAAAGAUAUUUAUUUCA